AUGGGCAACACAGCACAGCGGUGCGACACGAACCACGGUAUCGAAUCAAUGACUGGUGCUGCAGGCACCCCCGGCACAGGAUUCUUUGGCAGUAGCUCCGCGAGUGUUUUCCUGGAACAGGUCAGGGCGGCUAUUAAUGCAAAGGUAUCUGGCUACGCAGCUGUUCCUGAGACCAGAGCGUCUGCGAGGGUGGUAUCAGCCCCAGAAGAAGACACGGCGAAUUCGCAGCGAAUACGCGAAUACCUCAAUUAUGAGCUACCAUCAAGAAGAAACGCGGACAGACUGGUUUCUCGGUACUGGGAAGUCAUACAUCCACUGUACCCAUUUCUCCUUCGGCAAACGUUUGACAAAUCAUACCAACGUAUCUGGGCUGAUUGCAUACCUAUAGCGCAGAGGAUAGCCACUUCCAAAGUAUAUUUUCAACGGGCUCGCGAUCUGCUCAGCUUGAGCUUUUGGGAGUCCGGCUCGAUUGAAAGCGUACAGUGUUUGCUGAUCAUGGCGCAAUAUUUACAGAGCACAAAUGACGUCCAUCAGUGUUGGAUGUCGGUUGGCCAAGCUGUUCGGAUGGCUCAAGAAAUGGGAUUGCAUCUUCCGGAGCCAUCUUGGCUGGAUCAAAGUCUACAAGAGAGGGACUUGUUGAGGAGGAUUUGGCACGGCUGCAUAUUAAUGGACCGCUUGGUUGCCAUGACACUGGGUCGCCCGGCCAUGGUCUCCAAGACUGUGGCAGAGGCGAGACCAUACCCAUCCAUCACAGACGAGGAGCUUCUGCUACAGGAUAUCACAGUCACCUCUGCUUCGUCUACUGAAAUACCGCCGCCCCUUGCUUUUUAUAUCAAGGUCUUGGAGCUCUAUGCCAUAGUCGACGACAUCCUCACGGCCUUGUAUAUGCGAAACGAUGCGAUGCGGAGAGGACGGACUAGGCCACAGCGCGCUGACCUACACAACACGGACAUGACCACCGUCGUACGAUUGGAUAAGGACCUAACCAAUUGGUCUAACGCGUUGCCCCUUCAUCUCCAGCCCUCGCGACCAGAGUCCCGGUUGAACGACACCAUUCGAAGACAGUCAAUUGUGUGCAGGGCAAGGCUGCUACAUGCAAAGAUUCUUCUGUUUCGGCCUGUGUUCUCUUUAUUCUGCCUGUCAGAUACGAAGCCAGAUGAAACUGAUCCACACCCGGAAGAGAGCUUGCAUCAGUGGCUGAUUAUCCGCUGCUCUAUUCUAUGCCUUCAAGCUGCCCAUGAGCUCAUUGACUUGAUAUUUACAAAUUUCCCACGAGAUGGGACCAUAGGAUCACUGCCAUCCUGGUGGUACAAUACCUUUUAUCUAUAUAGUGCUGCCACUGUUCUUUUGGCGUCUCGGCUUCAUCCACGUAUCCACGACUCAGACUCAGGAUACAUCAACGCCGUUUCCUGGUCCCAUGUAAUUCAAAUACUUGAGGCCAUCGCGCCAAUGAGCGGGUCUGCGCAAAAGUGUGCUAUUGCGCUAGAGAUCUUAUCAGUGACCAUAACCCUCGCGAUAGAGGACGAACCACGACCUAGCCUAGCCCCUGACAAUAGUGAUUGUGGACGGCAGCUAGGCCUGGGUCUGAAUGAUUCAGAUGUUCCGGUUCAUGAAACGGCUGAGCUUGGUGAAGCAGGGGAUCUGACGGAUAUCAACGAUCUUCUGUUGGAUAUGAGCGACAUGUCAUGGCUCGACAGUAUUCCUGCCUAUGAUAGACUGCCCAGGGAUUGA